GUGUUUCCCCGGUUCAGGUUCCUGGCGGAAGUGCUGGGAUGCGGGCUGUCGGUGCCGUAGUGUCCGGUGACGGGUUUAUUCGGCCGUGUGGCCGGGGUGUGUGAGCGUCGGGUACCGGGCGGGCGGGCCUAGUGGUCUCUCGGGCCUGCUAGGAAUAUGGCCACUCGCCGCCUGACCGACGCCUUCUUAUUAUUGCGGAACAAUGCCGCACAUAACCGGCACAUUCUGGCCGAGCAAGUGAGUAAUCACAGCCGCCCGGGGAGUGCGCAGAGCCGCGGAGCGGAGCUCGAUGAGCUGGCAGAUGAUCGUAUGGCAUUGGUGUCAGACAUUAGUCUGGACCCAGAAGCUGCCAUUGGAUUCACCAGGCGACUGUCUCCAAAAUGGGUUGAUGGAAUACAAGAAAUCCAGUAUGAUGUCACACGUAUUAAACAGAAGAUGAAGGAGCUGGCCAGCUUACAUGACAAGCACUUAAACCGGCCAACGUUAGAUGACAGCACAGAAGAGGAGCACGCCAUCGAGAUCACCACCCAGGAGAUCACUCAGAUGUUCCACCGGUGUCAGAGGGCGGUACAGGCCUUACAGAGCCGAGCGCGGAACUGCACAGAGCAGGAGGAGCGAGUGUUACGUAAUGUGGUCUCCUCGCUGGCACAGUCUCUCCAGGACCUCUCUACAAACUUCAGGCACGCUCAGUCUGACUAUCUCAAAAGAGUAAAAAACCGAGAAGAAAGAUCUAGGCAUUUCUUUGACACCUCUGUUCCCCUCAUGGAUGAUGGAGAAGACAAUACGUUAUACGAUAGGGAGUUCUCAGAUGACCAGCUGGUUUUAGUGCAGCAGAAUACGCUCAUGGUGGAGGAGCGGGAACGAGAGAUUCGUCAGAUUGUACAGUCCAUCACUGACCUGAAUGAGAUCUUCCGGGAGCUGGCGACCAUGGUGGUGGAACAGGGCACGGUUCUCGACAGGAUCGACUACAAUGUGGAGCAAUCCUGUGUUAAAACCGAAGAGGGGUUGAAACAGUUACAGAAGGCGGCGCAGUACCAGAAGAAGAAUCGGAAGAUGCUGGUCAUUUUAAUCCUUUUUGUCCUUGUGAUUGUUAUGAUCGUCGUGCUCAUUGGUGUAAAGUCUUAAGCAGGUCAUCAUUGGUUAACUAUUAUUUUGGACUGUUCGGUUCGGAUACUCCUGUGAAUUCAGAGGGUUAUUUUUUUUCCCUCGUGCCUUCCCAUGUGGUCAUCAGAAUCGUCAUUUUUUUUUUUUUUUUUUUUUCCUGCUAAGGAGCUGAAGUCAUUUUAGCACUGAAGAAGCCCAGUUUCUGUUUCUUAUGUGGAUGUUUUACUCGGUUGCCGUGAUUUACCAUCAUUUCUGGGGUUUCCAUAUAAUGGACCAAAGCAGCUAUUUUGCACUGUCUGCGUGAAAACAAAACACUAUUCCUUCAAUUCAAGGCCUGUCCUAGGGAGCACUGGGUAACAGGGAUAUAUAGUUAGAACUGACUGGUUGGGGAGCAUUCUUUCUCUCGGGUAAAGAAUGGCCUCUCCAUGAGCCGUACACCAAUAGCUGUUGGUCACACAUUCAUUCGGCUGACAGCGAUUCCUCAUGACCACCCAUUUACACAUGCAUGCUUACCUUGGGUGAGAGUGCAUGUGGUCUCAAUGGCUGGAGGAGAGUAAGCUGCUGCCAGAUUCUUCAUAAAAGAAUGGGGUAUUGAAAUUCAUAAUUAAAGGGGUACAC